GCAGCAGAGCAGAGCAGAGCGCAGUCGAAGUUGAAGGAUUUGGUGAGUGAAGCGGAAAAAUCAAUGGCCUCCUUGUUCGUCGCAGCGAAGGCUUUGCAUUUGCGCCCCUCCGACGUCUGCGCAUUUCGCAACCCUUCUCCCUCAGCCUUCGCCCGCGCAGGCCGUGUAUCACUGGUGGCUGCGACCUCUCGCCGGUCGUCAAAGCCUUUCGCUUCCUUUAGCGCUUCUACUGAUACAAGUGUAAAGGAGGCUGUUGAAACUGAUAAGGCUCCAGCUGCACUGGGACCUUACUCUCAAGCCAUCAAAGCAAAUAAUCUUCUUUUUGUAUCUGGAAUGCUUGGUCUUGAUCCAGAGACUGAGGAGUUUGUGUCGGAUGAUGUGGGGAACCAAACAGAGCAGGUUCUAAGGAACAUAGGGGAGAUACUCAAAGCAGGUGGUGCUGACUAUAGCAGUGUUGUUAAGACUACAAUCUUGUUAGCUGAUAUGAAUGACUUCAACAACGUGAAUGCGAUAUAUGCUAAAUAUUUCCCAUCACCAUAUCCAGCCCGUGCAACUUAUCAGGUGGCAGCAUUACCCAAGGAUGCAAAGAUAGAAGUUGAAUGCAUAGCAGCAUUGUAAAGUCCGAAUGCCCACUGGUAGGGGGGGCCAAGUCUUGGCAAUAAUCCAGCUUGUUGGGCUGUUAUAUUUAAUAAUGACAUGGUUACAUGUCUUGUACACCAAGUCUUGGCUAUAAACCAGCUUGUUGGGAAUGGGCUGUUAUAUUUAAUAAUGCCAUGCUUCUUGUUGAAGGGCUGUUAUAUUUAAUAAUGCCGUGCUUCUUGUUGAAAAGACUGGGUGCUUAAGAAUGUAGUAUUUUUGAAGCAUUUGCUAUUUAGACUGCCAUGGAUGAAUAUGAAAGUUACUUUUUUGUUUUCAACACAA